AGCUCUUCAUGUUAAAGGCCUAGGGAGAAAAGAAAAAGGGGGGAGAAAAACAAGCGAAAAUGGCUCCUACUGAUUUGUCCACGAUCUUGCCUCGAGUUCUCAUUGUCUCUAGGCGUUGUGUUCGUAAGAACAAGUUUGUUGAUUUCGUCGGAGAGUAUCAUCUUGAUCUGAUAGUCUCCUACGGUGCUGUCCCGGUGAUCGUCCCCAGGGUAGCCGGGGUCCACAUGCUCCUCGACAGUUUUGAGCCAAUCCACGGCGUCCUUCUCUGCGAGGGCGAGGACAUCGACCCUUCCCUCUAUGACUCAGAGAUCUCCGGCCUCACCCCUCAAGAACUCGAAGACAUCCGCCGCCUCCACAUCAGCGACACAGCCAUAGACCGUGAAAAAGACUCCAUCGAGCUUCGCCUCGCAAAGCUCUGCCUCGACCGAAGCAUCCCCUACCUUGGCAUCUGCCGUGGGUCUCAGGUCCUCAAUGUAGCGUCCGGAGGUACACUGUAUCAGGACAUAGAGAAAGAGGUUGCGAAGAAAGGUAGUGAUGCAAAAGUACGUCAUAUCGAUUAUGAGAAUUAUGAUGGGCAUCGACACAGGGUGAGGGUGGUUGAGGAAACCCCGCUGAGUGAUUGGUUUCAGGGGUCGUUGGACGAGAGGAUGGAGAUGAGCGUAAACAGCUAUCAUCACCAGGGUGUGAAGAGACUGGCGUCGAGGUUUGUUCCAAUGGCGUACUCGGAGGAUGGAUUGAUUGAGGGGUUUUAUGAUCCUCAGUGUUAUGAUCCUGAGGAAGGGAGGUUUAUUAUGGGACUGCAGUUUCAUCCGGAGAGAAUGAGGCGGCCGGAGUCUGAUGAUUUCGAUUAUCCUGGGUGCCCCUCGGCUUAUCAGGAAUUUGUAAAGGCGGUAAUGGCUUAUCAAAAGAAGGUUAAUAACACAGCAAACAUUAAAAUAGCUCCGAAGCUUGAUCAUGAAAUGGAGAAGAAAAGAAAGAUAAUUAUCAGGAGCUUUUCACUUGCAAGGAACUUAUAUGCAUCAGGGCAUCAAAUGCCACAAUCGGAUGAACCAGCACUUGAAAUUGGAGCUGAAUUCCUCGAGUCCAACACCGCGUUGAGCCUGCAGCAAGAGAAGAGGCUGAAGCAGAUGGGGGCGACGGUGAGGAACGCAUCGUCAUAUCUUGAGAAGCUGAAGAUGAGUAAGGAGAGGGAGAAGGUGAUCAGGGAUGUGAUGGAGAAGAUGUCUCCAGAGCAUCUCUCUGAUCUUCUUUCCUUCUAUCAUAUGAUGGGGAAAGUUUGCGCUGAAGUUUUGGAGAAGAAAAUCAUGGCUCCAUGAAAUACUAUGAAAUGUUUGCUUUAUUUUUUUGUCAAUGCGAGCUUUCAACUUUCUUUGAAUACUUGAAAAUUAAAGGAGAAAAAUGUAAGGCUUCAGUGUUUUUGAACCUCACAAUUUAAAAGAAUACUGAUAUCUUCCUUGUA